AUGUCCAAAACAACAUUUGAAUAUUUAGCUGCAGUGCUCCGGCCAGUGUUGGAGAAAGAGAAAACGAAUUUCGGAACACCGAUCAACUACAGAAGGAGACUAGCGGCAGCGAACUGGUGGCUUGCCACUCCUUGUGAGUACAGAACUGUGUCUACAUUAUUUGGAAUGGGGAUAUCAACUAUCUGCUAUAUUAUCAGAGACGUGUGUCAUGGAGUAAAUUCACUUCUCUUCCAGAGGUACAUUUCAUUGCCGUCAGGGGCAAGACUUGACGAGACCAUUGAGGGCUUCGAAGUUAGAGGUUUCCCUCAAUGUGCCGGUGCUAUCGAUGUCAUUUAUCUAUUCAUUAGAGCAUAUCCUAAUAAAUCGCAAUAUUUAUGUUGUUGUUGCAGCUUUACCGACAUCUACAUUGGAUGGCCUGGUCGUACUCAUGAUGCUCGAGUUCUGUCCCAUUCUGAUGUUUUUUUGAAGGCCGAAGAUGAUCAAGGUGGCUAUUUGUUUCCUCACGAGGUAAAUAUUUCAUCAACAUAUCUCUUUUCACAAAAAACUCUUAACUUUUUGUUGCAUAAAUUGAUAUAUUUUUUCUUUACAGAAAAGCCGUAUGAUCAACGAAGUGGAAAUCCCAGUUUGCAUAAUUGGAGAUCCUGCCUACACAUGUAUCCAUUUAAGAACUGGUUGAUGAAAGCAUUCACCAAUAACCAUCAGCUCACUCGGCAGCAAGCUCAUUUCAACUUCAGGCUCAGUUCAGCUCGUAUGGUUGUGGAAAACGCUUUUGGAAGACUUAAAGGACGUUGGAGACGGUUGCUGAAAAGACUUGAUGUCGAAACAGGUUUUGCCUCAGAUGUUGUCACUACGUGCUGUGUGCUUCACAGUAUAUGUGAAAUUCACAAAGAUCAAUAUGACGAAGCAUGGGACAGGGAAUGGGCAGAACAAGAGGCCGCCGAUAGACUUCAACAACCACAAGGAAUCCAAGAUAUUGGAGGAAAUGUACCAGCUGGUCAAAUACGGAAUACCAUCAUGAAUAUGUUAUAAGCCAACCAUGUUUUCAUUUGAAGAACCUGGAUGUUUAAGUUAAGCGAAGGAAUCAAUGUAUCAGCAGGUCAAAUCUGGAAAACCAUCAUGAAUAUGCUCUUAUUUGAAGAACUUGGACAUAUGUUAAAGAAUCAACCCAUGGAUUGUAA